GGGAGCCGGGCGGCACACCUUUCUGCACGCAAACGAUCAGUAGAAAAGUAGCACAGUGAAAGGGGGAGAAAGGGAAAGAACAAAGGAGGAGAAGCAGUGAAUACUAGAAAAAGAUAUGGUACGCUCAUCAGAACAAGGGACUCCUGGCUGGGUCUGUGUGGGCACCCUGCUUUUCUUGAUGUACUUCCACCCUGUCACAGUCACCGGAGCUCCCCUGAAGCAGGAGGUGGCCCUGGACAACGGUGCCACAGUGCUGAAUCACUCCAUGAGCCUGGUGAAUCGUAUGGAGACCUUGCUGGCCAUGGGUAAUGCCAGUGAUGUCACUCUGCGGGUUCACACCAUCAACACCGAUGAGGUGAAGGUGAUCCAAGCCCACAGCUUGGUUCUGACCCUGCAGAGCGACGUGUUUGAGGAGCUGCUGCUCAGCCGCAACAACAGUGCUCUGGUUCUGACUGAGACGGCUGACUGUGCAGCCGUGUUCGACAAGUUUAUCAGGUAUCUGUACUGUGGCGAUAUCUCAGUACGGCUCGAUCAAGCUAUUUUCAUGCAUAAGCUUGCCAGCAAGUACCACGUGUGGGGCUUGCAGCAAGGUUUGACCCAUUAUAUGACACAACAUCUUUCAAGUGACUCACCCACAGGCCAUGUGAUUAGCUGGUACAACUAUGCACUACAGAUUGGGGACAUGACCCUGCGGGACAGUUGUCUGCAGUACCUGUCCUGGAACCUGUCUUCUGUGCUGCAGAGUGGAGAAUGGGGCUCCAUCAGCGAAGACCUGCUUCUGUCCUUGCUCCAGCGCUCUGACCUCAUUCUGCAAAGUGAGCUAGAACUUUAUGAGGCCCUGGAGGGCUGGAUCAACCAGAACCAACCUGUCAGCUCCACAGUGGAGACUGCCCUAAGGGCUGUUCGAUAUGGCAUGAUCCCCCCUCAACAUCUCUUCCGUCUUCAGAAGCAGUCCCCCCUCAUGGUGAAGUAUUACGAAACUAUCCGUGAUCUCCUCUUUCUAGCGUUCCAGUUUCACUCUGCCUCCCCUAUUCAGCUGGCCAAGUACUUUGAUGUUAACUGCAGUAUUUUUACUCCUCGAAACUACCUCUCCUCCUCCUGGGGUUCUCCAUGGGUCAUCAAUAACCCCACCCGUGAUGACCGCAGUUUUAGCUUUCAAACCCAGCUUGGACCAAGUGGCCAUGACUCCACCAAAAGAGUGACAUGGAACGCCCUCUUCUCCCCACGCUGGCUCCCACUCAGCGCCAGGUCAACCUACACCGAACUCGGUGCCAUGCAGCCCACCCGCACCGAGGGAGGUCGUCCUCGAAUCAUUGUCACACCAGCCACCUCUAGCCCAGACUUUGCUGGUGUAAGUUUCCAGAAGACGGUAAUUGUGAUGGCAAAACAGCAAGGUAAAGUCGUUGUCCGUCAUGUUUACAACUUCCAUCAGAGCACAGAGGAAGCUGGGGAUUUCUUGGUGGACGCUGACCUGCAGCGCCGUGCAUCUGAGUACCUAAUUGACAGCUCUCUUUAUCUGCAUAUUGUAAUCAAACCUAUCUACCAUACCCUCCUUGUUGCCAGGAAAUAAGAGCUAGAAUUUGCCAUGACCUCACCAUUGGUUAUCCACCCACAUGAUCAGAUCACAUGCACAUAUUCCAAAGUACACUCAUAUCAAACCAGAGGUGUAUUUGUUAAGUUUGUGACAUUGAAAUGAUUGUGUGCAUUUUCUUGUCUUCCGACUCUUCAACAAAGAAGUCUCUGUCAAAACUGUCAAAACUUGACAGUUGAGCAUCAUUGUGUUUUUUCUCUUUCUUUCUUUCUUUUUUUCAGUGUUCCAUGUGUACUAAGAGAAAAAAGGAAAAACUUUACUGUACUGUACUUGUUCCAGUAUUUUUUAUAGUGUGGUAGUUAUUUUCUGUUUCCUUGCAUUUAUUAAUCUAUGUAAUAUUUAAUGAUGUUUAAAUAGGUGCUAUAGACAUUUUCUUUUACAAUAACCUGCUAUUGCAUUAAUUGUAUGUAUUUGUUCUCUUGGCAGUUAGUUACAUAUUUUUAGUUCAUGGUAUUUAUAUUCUGUAACCCACUCCUUUACACUGUCUGAAUUUUGCUUUGAAUAAAGUGUUAAUGUUAUUGUAUGUGAUAUAACAUGUCUUGCAAGACAUUGAGAACUGCAAGCUGAUUUCAGCCCUUAAUUUUUUGGUGUGAUUUCCCGUUUUUCUCCUUCUUUUUUCUGUAAAUGCAUUUUAUUUAAUAUUUAAAAAAAACUCCACUUGUAUGUGAUCCCACAAAAGCAUUAAAAAGGUAAAAAAGAUAUAUAUAUAUCAGUGACGACCUUUAAAAUGUUCAUAAAAUAAACUUUUGGCGAGGUGAGACCUAA